CCAAACCCUAGGAGCUAACUAUUAUCAAUUUCUUCACACCUGAAUUUCUAAUCUAUGUUCUACUCAAUUUAGAAUUUCUAAGCCCUGGGAAUGUGGUGGUGAACAGACACUACCCUACAGUGUCCACCUCCUUCCUCUAUUUUCAACAAUUCCUAAGGACCCCCGGAGAGGGGAGAGCACACGCCUUGAGUCUCUAUUUCCGGUUCACAGGUAACCUAGACGCUGUAGUUUUACAGUUACCAUGGCUACUGGCGGUGUGCAUCUUAUGUAAUUCUGUGGCGCUCACUGAUGACGCAAUUAGUUCAGGCGCCAUCUGAGGGCGGGGAGCAAGGUGUAGAGGAAACUUAGCUCUCAGUGUAGCAGGGUCAUGAAGAAGAGGCGGCGGCGGGAGGCAGGAGGAGGCGGCGGGGGCGUGAAACUGCGGUAGCUGCCUGCUGGCCUGGUUUGUGGCUUUGUGGCAAGGGCGUAGUUCCUAACCCCCUUUCCGGGCCGCAGCCGGGGCUCGGGGCUGAGAGCGGCCUUGGGGCCGCCUCCCCGGGCCCCCUGGCUCCGCCAUGUUCCGCAGGGCACGCCUUAGCGUGAAGCCGAAUGUCAGGCCUGGUGUAGGCGCCAGGGGCAUCACCGCCCCCAAUCCCCAACGUGGGCAAGAGGCUCCCAGGCCGCCGGAGCCGGCAGCGGCCUCUGCCCCGAAGCCCGCGGAGCCCACAGAUGAGACCCCGGUGGAUUUCGGGGGAGCGGAUCCCCAAGAAGAGGCUCCCAGGACCAGUGAUGAAAAGACUGAUGGUGAGAAUGAUGUUGAAGAAUCCGGUAAAUCUCCCUCUACUGUUUCACAGAGAAGAAAACGGAUAUCAAGUACUGCUACUCUGGUUAAGCCUAGUGUCAGUGUUCCUUCAGAGCCUCACCCCUUAUCUACAGUUAAUCAAGAAGCUCCACAGCCAAAACCCAUUCCAACAAAAGAGAAACAGCCAUGCUCAGACAGGUACCGAAUAUAUAAAGCCCAGAAACUGAGAGAAAUGUUAAAAGAAGAAUUAAGAAAAGAGAAGAAGCAAUGGAAAAACAAAUAUGCCAUAAAUGAAAGUCAGAGGCCACAAGAUCGUUCAAAAAUGACUAUGAGAGACUUCAUAUAUUACCUGCCAGAUAACAAUCCAAUGACUUCUUCGCUGGAGCAAGAAAAGAGAACUGAAAAAUCAUCGACACCAGUCCAGACAAGAGUGCAAGAAGAUAAGAGUACUCCUGAAGCAGAAGAUAAUGAAGAAGUAGAAGAAGAAAUGGAUGAUGGGCCAUUGCUGGUUCCCCGAGUAAAAGUGGCAGAAGAUGGUUCUAUAAUUUUGGAUGAAGAAAGUUUAACUGUAGAAGUUUUAAGGACAAAAGGUCCCUGUGUUGUUGAGGAAAAUGACCCCAUAUUUGAGCGUGGUUCUACAACUACAUAUUCCAGUUUUAGGAAAAACUAUUACUCUAAACCUUGGUCAAAUAAAGAAACAGAUAUGUUUUUUCUAGCCAUCAGCAUGGUAGGAACUGACUUUUCUAUGAUUGGACAGCUUUUUCCUCACAGAGCAAGGAUAGAAAUUAAGAAAAAAGUUGCCCGUGAAGAAGGAGUGAGUGAUGAUCCAGAUGAGUCUCUGAGCGCUCCAACUUCAGACACAGAAGACUCUCAGAAGGAUGCUCAGACAGUUGAAGAACAGCAGUCUCUGACUUUAUCAGGACAGGAUUCAGAUCAGAUUGCGUUAGAACCAGACCUAAAUCAAAAGAAAAGGAGAAGGAAUAAUCAGGGUGAAGUUGGUAAAGAAGGAGUAAAAAACCUUUCAGGAAAUGCCACUGUUCAGCCAGGCUCUUCUAAAGGAGAAAAACCGAAAAAUGAAUGUCAGUCUUUAAGGCCUGAGAUAAAUGAAGAUGAAGGCUAUAAGGAACAGAAGCUNAAAGUUCUUGCUGAAGAAGAGAAAAGAAAACAAAAAUCCAUUAAAAAUCAGAGUUUAAAGGAGAAGAAUUCCUCCAAACCACAGAAGAAUAUAAAAGUUAGUAGUCAAAAUGAUGCCAUGUCAGUAGCAACUGAGACUUCAGAAUCAAGCAUUUUAGAUUUGGAUUCAUUGGAAGUUGGAAUUAGAUCAUUGUGUGAGGUGAAUAAUGCUGAGACUAGUUGUACAGAAGAAAGAAAUACUGACUUAAAAACUAAAUCACUGGAAACUGAUCAAACAGAAAAUGUUAAACCGAAGACGAGUUUGAGUGAAAAAAUGUGUCUGCGGAAAGAUGAUCAGCCGAAGGUUUUCAGACCUGCACGACUAACUAGGGGCCGAUUUCAGAGGCCAAAGCCAAAUGUAGGUAAAGCUGAUGAAAGAAAAGAAAUUCUUGCAUCACAGGAAGAAAUUGGGGCCAAUGUAGAAAGGAAUGAAAAUGAAUCCUGUAUUAAUAGAGAUACUCCUGAACAAAUAGAAGAUCAGUUGUGUAAAAAUUUUGAGUGUAAAGACAUCACAUCAGAAUCUGAAAAAAAAGAUAAUUCUUUUCAAAAUGUGCAGCUGGAUGAGCCCAAGGCUCUUAAUGAAUGUCUAAGUAUUCAAGAGGAUAAUAAAACAAAUACACUCAAACAAAUUCCAGUUCUAAAGAAUCGAUUUCAGAAACCAAAGCCAAAUAUAGGAAGAGGAUCUAGAAGAAGAGACAUUUUCUCAAAGGAAGGGGUACCAGAGGAUAUUCUUGCCUCUGCAGAAAAGACCGCAGCAAGACUGGAAACCUCACCAAAAGAGAAGGUACCAAUGGAGGGUAACACUACUAAGGAAAUGGAGUCAGAGUUAAACGAAACUGAAAGAAGAGACAUCUCUCCCAGGGAGAAGAUACCAGAAACAAUUGACAUCACUGUGGAAAUGGAGACAGAUUUGAAAGAAACUGGAAGGGAGAUGUCCCCAAGGGAGAAGAUACCAGAGAUGACUGAUACCACUGAGGAAAGAGAGACAGAUUUGGAUGAAGCUGAAAGAAGAGAAAUAGCCCUACAGGAAAAUGCCCCAGAAGAGGUCAACACUGUAGGUGAAGUGGAGACGGGUUUGAAAGAAACUGGAAGGGAGAUUUCUCCAAGGGAGAAGAUACCACAGGUGACUGAUGUCACUGAAGAAAGAGAGACAGAUUUGGAAGAAACUGAAAAACUAGAAAUAUCCUCACGAGAAAAGGCCCCAGAGGUCACAACUAUAGGUGAAAUGGAGACAGAUUUGAAAGAAAUUGAAAAAGAAAUUUCCCCAAGGGAAAAGGUACUAGUGGGGAUCAGUGUUAUAGGGGAAAUGGAGAUUAAUUUGAAAGAAACUGGAAAAAGAGACAUUUCUCUGAUGGAAAAGGUAUCAGGAAAGAUGACUGUCAUUGAGGAAACAGAGGCAGAUUUGAAAGAAACUGGAAGAAAAAUUCCCUUGAGGAAAAGUGGAUCAGAGGAGAUCAGUGCUACCGAAGAAAUAACAGAUUUGAAAAAAACUGGAAAAAUAGACAUUUCUCUAAGGGAAAAGGAACCAGAGGAGACUGGGACCUUGAGACAAACUGAGACAGAUUCAAUGCAGAGCAGCAGUGGGGACUGCGGCACUUUGCCUCCACUGAAUAUAACAAACAUCAACAGUGAAGUGCCAUCCAUGGUCCAUACACCUGUAGAAGAAAAGAGAAGUUCUGAAAAGGAAGUAUCAAGUCAGUUGAGUCACUUGAAGACUUCUUCUCAGGCUUCUGAGCAUGAUAAAACAGAAGACCAUGGGAUGCAAUCUCCAGAUAUUCUAGAGAAGUUUUCAGAUAUGAAUUUAAGCAAAUCUCUUCCUCAAGAACAGAAGCCAUUUGAAGUCAAGCCAGCACCUUUUGUGAGAAUUCGAUUCAAAAAACCAAAACCAAACUUAUCAAGAGCAGCUUUAAAGAGAGAGACUACGGAAGCAGGAAAAUAUGUACCUGGGAAGAAAUUGGAAACAGAUAAAAUGGAGACUGUUACGGUACAACAGGGUGAUGAACAAGUGAAUCCUCUCCCUUCUCAACAUGAUGUGGCUUCCCUAAUGACAUCAAGAGAAAAAGACAAAUCAGGCCACAGGCAGAAUGAGGCUGUAUUACCAUGUCUACAGACUGAACAGAACCUUUCACCUUCAAGUUCUUGUGAACCUACAGAGGAGUCUCAGUCUACACAAGUCCAGAAAAAGGAAUUAGCAGUUUCUGUGGGGACUCAUAAUAUAAACACUUCUCAACAAGAAAUGAAGGAAAGUGUUAUCCAAACUGCUCGACCAGCAAGGGGACGACUUCAGAGACCUAGACCAAACAUAAGAAAGGCUGGACAGAGGCAAAUAGCGGAAAAAGGUGAAGCCAAAGGCAUAAUUAAGGAAGAAAGAACAAUAUUACAAAAAGAUACAACUAAAACAUUUCUGACUGUGCCAAGUUCUCAAAUUGGAACUGAAAUUGAAGUUGUAUCCUCCAAAGUUUCAGAAGGCAGAAUGUGUGAAAAUCAGAGUCACGUGGUUCUUGCAGAAAACCUUCAAGUAAACAAAAUUAAUGUUUUAGAUGAAAAGAUGAGACAUGAACAUGAAACGUAUGUUUCCAGUCCAGCACAAUUGAUAAGAAGGCAAUUCCAAAAGACUAAGCCAAAUUUGGGAAGAGCACGUGGUAAGAAAGAGGAAUUAGCUAUGGAAAAAGACAGAGCAGAUCAGACUGAGUCAAGGAAGCCAGAAGAUAAUUUGCUGCAGCAAGGAGAUCCUGACACCCAGCUCCUUCAAAAAGAAAAGGCUGAGCUUCUGACAUCUCUGGGAGUUUCAGCAAGAAAAGAUUGUGUAGAUUCCAAAGAGUUUGGUUUGGCCAAAAAACAUGCUCAAUCAGAAGUUGGACCAUCAGCAAGUGUUGGACAGAAAACUGUAGGGGAUAAUUCUGUGUCUUCAGUUGUUGAAGAGCAGCAUCGCAGUAAACUAACAAGCUGUUCACAACGACUAAAAGAAUCAAAAUACUCUAAAAUUGCUUUGAAUCGAAGAACAACUGUCUCUUCUGCCUCUGGGUGUGAGAUAGAUCAUAGUGAAAGGAGAACGCAUCGAAAGAUCAAACCGAAUGUCACCAAAGGGCGGGGGUCCAAACGAAUUCGGAGUAAGACCUCUAAGAAAGAACCUAGAGCUCCCAAGUCCAUGCUGGUGACUCUUCGGGCUUCCCAGCAAGAGGACGAAGAUGAUGAUGAAGAUUUAGAGUCUGACUAUGAAGAAGAAAGCUAUCAUCUUGCUCCAGAAGAAGUAAACAAAGCUCCAGUGUUUGUACCUUUUGGUCUCAGAUCUCCUGAACCUGUUUCUGCUCAGAUUGAGGAAACAAUGGAAGAGCUUGAAAUAACCGUGAAUGUUCCAGACAUAGGAUUCAUAACUGUUGAUGAACAUCAAUUCUCAAACACAGAUGUGGCCACUCAAGAAAUGAAACAGGAAGAAAAUUUGAAUGCAUUAUCAAUUGAAAUGACCACAGGUGAACAUACCCAAGAUGAAACAGGUACCAAUGAUGGAAGCACCGAAGCUGCCAUAACUUUACUUACAAUGGGAGAUCUAGUGUUGCAGUCAGAGAUUAGUACUGAACAGAGUGAUGCUAGAGUAUGUGUACUUCCUGAUGUUCAUUCAAAGGAUCAAAGCCAUAUUCCUUUUAGCCCAGAUAAUGUAAACCACAAAAUUGUUCAUGAAUGUCAGGAGCUUUCUUCACCUGUCAGUACUACAUCGAUAGAAGAAAACAAGAUUGUAUUGGAGGAACAAAGUACUAAAGAAGAAAUUGGUUUAAUGGAGAAAGUAAAAGGAAACACUAUAACAAUCAGGAAUACAACUUCUGAAGUGACCAAUAAUUCAAAAAUGAGAAGUAGUAGAUUUGUCAAGCCUAAGCCAGUUCUUAGGAAGACUUUAGGGACCAACAGAUUUGGUGCUUAUCAGGAAGAUCCCAGUUUGUUUGUAACUAAAGGAGAAGAAGCAGAAAUUCAAAGAGAAACAGAGAAAAAUGCUUCUCAAGCAAUAGAAUUAGAAGAUCAAAACCUUGGAUCAGCUACAGCAGCAGAGAGUAAGGAGCAGAGCAGACUGGCACAUGCACAUAGGAUUGAAGACGCCAGUAUUUCUCAGGACACAAGCCUACCUGAAAGAAAGGAAGAUCAAGAAGAGGGAUCUCAGGAGCUUCAGAUAUUGUCAGUUGCUCCAACUGUUUCCUUGGAGACCAUGCCCCACACACUUGGUUUGGGUAGGGGUCUUGGUGAGAGUUCUGUUGGAGAGCCCCUGAAAAAGGAUUCUGAUGGAGACAGCAUGCUUACACUUUAUGGGCCAGAGUGUAUACCAACUAGCAUUCCAGAAGUCCAACAAGAGAGUGUAAUCAGUCCUCAAGAUUUAGCAGCGAAUCUAGUUGCUGACGUACACAACGAUGGUGAGGAUGAACAAGCAUUCAUUUUAACUCUGGUGGAAAUUCCAACCAAUGGAGUGGAAGAAUUUACUGAUCCUGCUUCACAGUUAAUGCCAAACCCUUUACUGCCAGCACCCAUAUUGGUCAAAUCAGUGAAUAUGGAAGAAAAGGGUGACAUGAGUAUGAGUUUUCCAGUAACUUCAGUUGGUCAGGAUGCCAUGUGUUUAUCUAAUUCUGGAAGAGAUGAUUCUGAAAAGCCUCCUGCUAGUUUGGAUCUUAUAUCUAGGAAGAGAUUUCAUUGUAGCCUUGAUGAAAGCGACCAUGCUUCUCCUGCCAAAAAAACUUCACUCACUUCAAGAGAUGAUUGUCAGAAAUAUACCCCUGAGGUGUGUUCAAAGGAAUUAAUAAAGGUUUUUGAGGAAAGAGGGAAGUCUUAUAAAGGACAAGAUAUCUUCCCUACCUCAGAAAGCACACGUACAACUCCAGGACCUCAGAAAGUGCAACUUGAACCAACUUUUCAGAGUAUAGGAUCUAGAUCUUUUGAUAAAAUAAUAGAUACACGUGUAGAAAAGAAUACACCUCAGUUACCUCAGGAUGAGAUGAUUAUGUCUGAUAAGGAAGAAACAACUUGUGCAGCUUCUAAGUCUAAAAAAUUGGAUAGCAUCACAUCAUCUUCAAAAACCUCACUAUCCAGACCUGGCAGAAGACCCCUGGGAUUUUUGUCUUUAAUAUGUUCAAAAAAUAGCUUGGAGUCUGAUGAGCCUACUCAGGUUCAUAGUAAGAAACGCUUAAAACCUCGUAUACCUGUAUCAAGACAGAAUUUGAAAAGAUCUAAUCCACUCAGUGAAAGUCAGAAAAAAAUUCAAGAGGCCUCUGAUCUGCUUCCAUCUCCAAGUGUUGUUGCUAAUACUCAUUCUGAGAAUAUAAGCAGUUCAGCAACUAAGGCUUCUUGUGAUCCUUCCUUACCGAAAGAAGUAUGUAAAAGUGUCCAAAACCAGGCACUUGACGAGGAGCCACCUGUAGUCUCUGAGCAUUUCUUCAGCGAUAUCUUUAUUGAAGUGGAUGAAACAGAAUAAGUUUUUUAUUUUAUUUUUUAUUAAGUCUAAGUCAGUUAUAUCAACAAAAUGGUAUUUAGAAAAAAGCAUCACUGUCUAUCUUUCUGUAGGUUGAUUUUGAAUAUUUAAUGAGCUUGGCUGAAACUUUCAUAAUCAGUGGAAAACAUUACUGAGGUUCCUUUCAUUCUGAUUAAUUUAGCAUUUUGGAAAUACCAAGCAAUUAUGACUGCUUUCUCAGACAGAAAUAGCAACUCUUGUUUACAUUCAACUCUUCCUGUGCUGAACACAUAUGGACAUUUUGGAAUGUCGUGCGUGGAUAAAUGUCUCUAUAAAUCACAGUGCCGACGUAUUUGGAGGUGGAUUGUAUUUAACAUUUAUCGAACUACUUUUGUGAAGGUUUAUUUCUGUUUAUUUGGAUUUGUUUUUGAUGAUUAAGGCCUUUUCAGUUGUCUCUGAGUACAUGAAAGCAAAUUGUGAAACUCCACUUGUAAAUGUUAAAAACUUUUCUAUUAUCAACUAUUUGACUGAAAAAUGUGUAUUUUUCUAUUUCAUGAUGUAACAUUAGUCCUAAUUGAAGAACUAGUAUUUAAACUUAUUAUUUAUAAAGGUGAAAAAUCAAAAAGCUAUUUAUUUUUAAAUUUUUUAAUUUAAAAGACUAUUCAGUUUUAAUUAUUUUCACCCCUCAGAUUAUGGGUAAAGAAGGCAUUAACAAAUUUGUGUUUGUCUCCUUUCCCUCUUUAAUUUUAAAUAUAUUUAAAGUGAUAUAACUAAAAGUGUUUGGAUAGUGUAUAUGUUUUGAAUACAUUUUUCUCAUAGUUUAGUAUAUUAACUUUGUACUGUGAAUUUUUUGUUUUUCUUAUUUCUUGGAUAAUCUCAGGGUUUGUAUGGGAAAAACCACCCUUAACUUCAUUUAUGAGGCAAAUUUCCAUACAAAACUCAAUCUCCUUUACACACACACUCUCAUACACACACAUUCCUUUUUUUAAAAACCAAUUUCUUGGUAGUUUUCCCC